CCAGGGCGCCAAACAUGGCAAAUGCCGACUUGGGGGGGGAAGGAAAAGGAGAGCAAGAAACAAACGGCUAAGUAAACAAUUCCAGUGAUCGGACGACGGACGUGUGUACAAAGCACCAGCAGCGGGCUGCACGCAUGCAGGGAGCUCUAGCAUCAGUUUCCACCCUUUGUUCAGAAUCUCCAGAUAGUUUGUGCGUUCAGGAGCAGGAUUCCCAAGGCAGUUUUCCGGGCUGUCUCCGCGCGCCUUGCUGGGGUCCGAGUGCCUUGCAUGCUGCCUCGCCCCACGCCGCCCGCUCGGUGCUCGGCGCCCUCCUGGCCGUCCCAGCGGCGCGCAGGCGCGGGCCGAGCCGGGCAGCGUGGUGGGGGGGGGGGGCGGGGGAGAAGCCCGAGACGCGCACGCGCAUGCGCACGGGGCGCGGGGCAUUGCGCAUGCGGGAACAUGGCGGGCCGGGCGCCCUGACCCCGCGCGCUCGCCCCGCUCGCCCGCGCGCUGCCCGCGUCGUGGGGCCGGGCCGAGUUCGCCGGCGGCCUUGCCCGAGGCCUCGCCCCCGGGAGGCGGCCGCGCGGGGGCCCCCGUGUGCGGCGGGGUGUGCCCCGGGCGGCGGCGGGUCGGGGGCGGUGCCCGAGCCGGGCGGGCGGGAGAAGGCGGGAGAGCCGGCGGGGUGCGAGGGCCAGCGGCGACGGACGCGGCAGCAUGAGUCAGCAGCGGCCGGCGCGGAAACUGCCCAGCCUGCUCGUGGACCCGGCGCAGGAGACGGUGCGCCGCCGCUGCCGAGACCCCAUCAACGUCGAGGGGCUGCUGCUCUUAAAGUGAAGAGACCUCGUUUUGAUGUGUCGCUGGUCUAUUUAACUCGGAAAUUCAUGGAUCUCGUCAGAUCUGCCCCUGGGGGCAUUCUCGACCUAAACAAGGUGGCGACCAAGCUGGGGGUGCGAAAGCGAAGAGUGUAUGACAUCACCAACGUCUUGGACGGCAUAGAGCUGGUCGAAAAGAAGUCCAAGAAUCAUAUCCGAUGGAUAGGGUCCGACCUGAACAGUUUUGGAGCAGUGCCCCAGCAAAAGAAGCUACAGGAAGAGCUUUCUGACUUGUCGGCGAUGGAGGACGCUCUGGAUGACUUGAUUAAAGACUGUGCUCAGCAGUUGUUUGAGCUAACGGAUGACAAAGAAAAUGAAAGACUAGCAUAUGUGACAUAUCAAGAUAUCCACAGUAUUCAGGCUUUUCAUGAGCAGAUUGUUAUUGCAGUGAAAGCGCCAGCAGAAACCAGAUUGGAUGUUCCAGCGCCCAGAGAGGACUCUAUUACAGUGCAUAUAAGGAGCACCAAGGGACCUAUUGAUGUUUAUUUAUGUGAAGUGGAGCAGGAUCACUCAAAUAAUAAAACAUCUGAAGGUGUGAAGGCCUCCUCUUCUGAAAGCAGACACCCAGAGCAGCCUGAUAAAGAGGAAAAUCCUUCACAGCCAGGUGAGGAGUUGCUUGAAGUGAGCACCUGAUCACAGUUCAGAGUUCCUGCCUUGGGUUUCCUUUGGAUGCCCCGAGUGGAUGAAUUAUGCGUCAGAUUUCAUUCUAGGAGCAAUAACUCAGCCGUGCCGUUUCUGCAUUCUCCGUCGCAGCGUUGGAGCCAGUGGCAUCUUUGAGUGGCCCGCUGCUUAGAUGACGUGGUAAUUAUGGUUCCCGCAUUUGGAAACAAACUCUCUCGUGCCUGUUCACUGCUUUCUGUCCGGGAGCCGGACCUUUAGCCUGCUGAAAUGACUGCAUCACGGAGUAUCACUAAAGUAGACGGUUCUUCUUGGACUUGACCCUUUCCCUCGAAGAUCAUGUGUCAUUAUCACAAAAGAAAUUGCCUUAUACAGGCUCCUGCCUGCCGUCCGUGACUGUGGUGGUGGCUGAACACGUGCAGCUCGCUGUGAUGUCUUUGUAUAUAUCUGUAUAAUGUGUAGAUUGCUUAAGAGACAUCUAAAUGAAGCUUCACCAUUGUAUAGCCAAAAUAAUGUAUAUAAGGAGAGUAAGAAAUUCUCUAAUUUCUGUGGUAUCUAUAACUUAUUAGAAUCCUCUGCAGGAGGGUUAGAGGAGAAUUUUCCCCCCGAGACUUCUACAUGUAGAAGUGUCCUAGAUGCGCUAUACUUUCAGCGUCCAUGGGCUAAAUCAGGAGGGUUCCCAGUGCUUAGAUUAGAUUCCAGGCUCUCUGCAGUUCUGUUUCCGAGCAGACUGGUGGCCUGCCUCAAGGGGGCAGAUACAGAGAUGUCGUCAGGUAACCGACUUCAUUCACUGAAAGACGUGGAUUCAGUCACGGUGGAAAAUGGAAGCUAUUUUUACCUUUUUGCGAGCAGAUUUUGUAAUGAUGUUUCUGUAUGCAGCCUUUGCUUUUCGAAUGAGGUUUCUUUUACUUCCCCGGCCCUCUCUCCAGCUCUAGUCCCGCAUUGCCCUGGCUCUCUCUACCUCAUUGGGUAAGUCAUUUACCACUCUGUGCCUCGGUUUACUCAGUAGUUUACCAUUAGACUGUGAGCUCCUUGAGAGACUGUGUCUUAAUCAUUGUUAUACCCAGCGCCUUGCACCAUGCCUGGCACAUUGAAAAGUGCUCAAUAAAUGUUUAAACAAACCAGUGA